AAGUUCAAAGAUAGCAAUUUACGAACAUCUCGCUAUGUUAAAAUGAGUAAAAAAUCCACUCUGAAUGCUAUAGGCGUCGCUAUUUUCACAACUCACGAGCAGUUGACAAACAGAUCUCAAAUACAACAGUCAGCUAACGCAGAGCUUUUAACUUAAAUAAUAUAUUAAUUUCAUGUAAAUAAUAAAGUAGUUUUAAUAAAAUGGAUGUUAAAGGAAAAAAUGUUAUAUAUUCGGGUGGAUUUGGUGGCAUCGGUUUAGCUUGCGUCAGAGAGUUUCUAAAACAUGGAGCAAAGUAUGUCACAAUAUUUGAUCUCGAAGAAAAUGACGAAGCAAUGCUGGCUCUUAGAAAAUCGUACCCUAAUGCCACAAUUGAUUUUAUACCUGUGGAUAUGAGGAAAAAGGCGAGCAUUACGAUGGCCUUUAAAUCAGCAGUAGAGAAAAUGGAGCACUUCGACGUUCUGGUCAACGGUUGCGCAAUAAUGAUGGAUAGCCAAGUUGAAUUAACGAUAGAAAUUAAUUUGUUGGGUUUAAUCCAUAGCACCCUAGCUGCACUGCCUUAUAUGGACAAAUCAAGUGGAGGACACGGUGGAGUUAUUGUAAAUAUUUCAUCCGUGGCUGGCUUGGAGACACCCGGUUUAUUUGCUAUAUAUACUGCUUCAAAACAUGGUGUUACAGCUUUCACUCGCUGCAUGGGGGAUCAAAUCUAUUACGAUCGUUUCGGCGUCAGUUUUAUAACAAUAUGUCCUGGACUUACAGAAACAAGUCUUACAAAGGAUCUACAUUCACGAGUUACCUUCCAGUUUAACGAAGAAGUCGCUAAAAUUUUUCUCCAUUCCAAACAACAGUCAGCAGAAUUGUGCGCCGAGAAUAUGAUUAAAGUAAUUGAAAUUGGUAAGAACGGGGGUGUUUACUUGCUCGAUUUAGGCAAUAUUCAGGAGAUAACAUAUCCACAGCUAUGGGAACCUACUUUUGAGGCACACUAAGAGAUUUUGAAAAUUAAUAAAGGGAAUAGAAUUUAGUUUCAGGUGA